AUGAGCGGAGCGGAAUCGCUGCAAACUCCGGUGUGUGAGACACAGCCCUGCCCCUCGGUGCGCUUCACUGAGAUCCGGACUCGCUCAAAGAUGCAGACGGAGCGUGCAAAGAGGAUGGACUCUGCAGGAGAAGAAGCGUCCCUGAAUUCACCUGAGCUGCCCUGGAACCAGCUCUAUUUGAAGAGAAGGACCGAGUCCAGGAUCCAGUUAAGGAGGAGAGUGUGCUUCACUGGCCCUGCUGCUGCUGCUGUUACCGGGGUAUUGGCAAUCCUCAUACUGGCUGCUGGCAGGCAGCUUGCCCAUCAGUUCCCUCAGUAUGUGAGCAGGACCAGCCUGUUUGAUUCUGAGCUGCAGCGCGGGAACGCUUCACUGCUGCUGAGGAGAGUCAGGGAGGAAGACGCUGGACAAUACAGGUGCUCUGUUAACGCUCGUAGACUGUACGGGACGGGCCUGACUGAGGUAGUCGUGGUUCCGGCUGAACCCACAACAGCACCAGCUCAUGUGACAGUCCCGGGCUCAGUGAAGUGUACUGAGGGGCAGGACUGUAUCCUGAGCUGCACCUUCAACCACACAGCUGGGGGCUGGGAUGAGAAGACAGGUGUGACCUGGAGACAAGUGGGAACACACAAAAUUGUUCACAGUUACCAUGACAACAGGGACGAGCUUGCCCAUCAGCUCCCUCAGUAUGUGAGCAGGACCAGCCUGUUUGAUUCUGAGCUGCAGCGCGGGAACGCUUCACUGCUGCUGAGGAGAGUCAGGGAGGAAGAUGCUGGAGAAUAUGAGUGCUCUGUUUCCACUCCUAGACUGCACGGGUCGGGCCUGACUGAGGUAGUCGUGGUUCCGGCUCAACGACACCACUGGUGGGUUUUAGGAGCAGUUCCUCUUCUUCUUUGUGUGGUUGCAGGUCUCUGUGUCGGACUGUGGUGCUGUAAACAACACUCAGUUUGCUGCUAGAAGUCCAACAAGGCCUCUAGUCCAGCAGAGACAGUGCUGUUGAUGUUAUUUAAUUGGGACGUCCCUUUGUUUAAUUGGGAUGCAGUAUUUUCAGAUGAUGAAGGGAGAUCGCUUCUCAGACACUCAGAAAAAUGAGUUUAUUUUUAUUUUAAGGUUUCUCUUUGUUUUUGUUUAUUAUUCAGUCAAGUGCGUGCCUGUUUAUUACAAAUGCAGUUAUGAAAGACUUUACAAUGACAAAACUGCCUCUGAAU